AUGAGCGCGGGCGACGCCGUGUGCACGGGCUGGCUCGUCAAGUCGCCCCCCGAGAGGAAGCUGCAGCGCUACGCCUGGCGCAGGCGCUGGUUCGUGCUGCGGCGGGGCCGCCUGAGCGGUGACCGCGACGUCCUGGAGUACUACCGCAGCCAGCGCGCCCGCAAGCCCAUCCGCGCCAUCGACCUCAGCGAGUGCGCCGUCUGGAAGCACGUGGGCCCGGGCUUCCUUCGUAAGGAAUUCCAGAACCAUUUCGUGUUCGUUGUCAAGACUGCAUCUCGCACGUUCUAUCUGGUGGCCAAGACGGAGGAGGAAAUGCAGGUGUGGGUGCACAGCAUCAGUCAGGUGUGCAACCUCGGCCACCUGGAUGACAUAGCAGAUUCUGUGGAGAGCGGCUCUCGCGCGCCUUUCUGCGUGCAGCCCUCCGCCGCCAGCUCCCUUCACACCGCCCCUGCUGUCAGCUCCCUGCCAAGAGAUGACCCGAGCACUAGUACGGUAGCCACUGAGAAAACCGGAAGUGAGUCAGGGUUUCUCUUCCUUCCUGAUUAUCUGAUUCUGUCCAACUGCGAGACGGGAAGACUGCACCACGCCAGUCUCCCCACCAGAUGUGACAGCUGGUCAAACUCGGAGCGCUCCCUGGAACAGGUGUCCUUCGACGACGUUUUUGUGGACGGCCCGCAGCCACUGCCCUCCGGGAACCUGGCCUGCCCCUCACGCCCUGGGAACAAUUCUCAAGAGGCCCCUUCCACGAGGCCCCAGGCUGCCCUGAUCUGGACAAGAGAUGUCAAUGGCCCGUCCAGGGACCACUUUUCUUUACCAGUGCUGGAAACUUCCUUAAAUUCCACCGUCCAGGGAGAUCAAAACCAAGCUUCCUUGCCCUAUGGGGUAAAAGGACUAGAUGUUAUGUCCAACACGCCACCUCCCCGCCCCCCUAAGCCGAGCCAUCUCUCUGAACGGCGCCACGAGGAGCAGCUCCCGUGUGGUGGGCCCGGUGGCAUCAAGAAGCCAGAAGGCGCUGUGGUACCGAGAAGAAUCUCUCUCUCCGGUUUAGAUAACAUGAGAACCUGGAAAGGUGAUGUAGAAGGCCAAUCUUUAAGACACCGAGAUAAGCGGCUAAGUUUAAAUUUGCCGUGCAGGUUCUUCCCAAUGUCCCCUCCGGCUUCCACCAGCACUGAGGACAGCUACGUGCCCAUGGGCCCCCAGGCCAUCGCCUCUGCUCUCGGACCCCACUGCAGCCCUGACGACUAUAUCCCAAUGAGCUCAGGAAGCAUCUCCAGCCCAUUGCCUGAGCUCCCGGCAGACCUGGAGCCUCCCCCCGUGAAUAGAGAUCUCAAGCCUCAGAGGAAACCACGGUCACCUCCCCUGGACCUGAAAAGCCUCUCAACCAUCCGGGAACACACGUCUCUCACCAGAACCCGCACUGUGCCUUGCAAUCGAACCAGCUUUCUCUCUCCAGAAAGAAAUGGUAUUAAUUCUGCAAGAUUUUUUGCCAAUUCUGUUUCCAGAGAAGAGGAACAAAGCUACAUGCAAAUGGAGGAGCACGGAGAAGCCAACUUGCUGAGCAGUGGAGCCCUGACGUGGACGAGGAAAUUCAGCCUGGAUUAUUUAGCCCUGGACUUCAACUCAGCGUCACCAGCCCCUGUGCAGCAGAAACUCCUCUUCUCAGAGGAGCAGAGAGUAGACUACGUGCAAGUGGACGAGCAGAAGACGCAAGCUCUGCAGAGCACAAAGCAGGAGUGGACGGACGAGAGGCAGUCCAAAGCGGUGGGAGCCACCAAAGCAAAAGAGGCGUCAGAAAUCUUCUCCAGUGGAGCCUUUGACGUGCAGAUUGGAGCCAACGGGAUGACAUCUUUUGACUCCAGCGCCUGA